AUGGUGCGGCCCGUGCGGAACAAGAAGCCCGUCAAUUACUCCCUGGCCAGCGACUCUGACAGUGAUGCAAGAAAUCCCGAACAGGACCCAAGGAGCCCAAGCAAGACAGCCCCCAAAGCUAAGCUGAAGCCUCUCCAGAAAGCAAGCACCCACUGCAAGAGGAAACGCCUAAGCAAAGGUGAGAGGGUGCCUCUGGAUGACAAGAUCUUCCGGCGGGGCCUGGAGACGGCCCUGGCCCUGUCCGCCCGGGAGCUGGCGAGGGCCGGUGGCCCUGGGGUCCCCCACCCCGCCGUCUCCGCGUCAGCCGACACGCACGAUGUGACCAGGACGGCGGAGGAAGGCGCCGGCAGCGCACCCCGAGUCCGAGGGGAGAGAAAAGCAGCGGCCCCGCGGACGGAGGCCCUGGAGGACGGCAGCGAUGGCGACGGCACCGACCCCUCCGACGGCCUCAGCGGAGAAGGCGAGGAGGAUUCCGAUUUCAGCGACAGCCGUGACACCGACGAGGACGAAGAGCCGGCAGCGACCAAAAGCAAAGCGCGGGCGGCGAAGCGGAAAGAAGGGCGGGCAAAGCCGCCCCCGCCGGACAAGAGGGGGCAGCAGCCGGAGCCCCGGGGCUGCAGCGCGCCGGGAAAGCCGGGCCCCUUGGCUGAGGAGACCCCGGCGCUGUGCUCUCUUCCAGCCCCGUCGGGAAGCGGCGGCGGCCGCCGGCCCCCGGGAGGCUCUGCCCGGUCCCCCACUCAGAAUCUCCGCCUCGGCCUGUCCCGACUCGCCCGCGUGAAGCCCCUGCACCCCAGCGCCGCCGGCAGCCACCCGGGCUAG